ACAGUAAACGCAGCAACAGUAAGUUUCGUUUUUGCAUUCAGAAUCACAACAUCCGCGACAGCAGCAGUGUUUAAAUCUGAGCCGCAACAGUCUGUGGUUAUGAGUCUAAAAAAAAUUCUUGCCAUUACAGGAGGUGCAGUUGUAGGAGGAAUGGGUGCGGUGGCCCUGGCUCCUGCGGCCUUGGGGGCCAUCGGUUUCACCUCAGCAGGGAUAGCAGCAGGCUCCUUGGCUACGAGCGUGAUGUCUGCUGCUGCCGUUACCAGUGGAGGAGGGGUGGCAGCCGGAGGUCUGGUGGCAGUUUUACAAUCUGCAGGUGCUGCUGGUCUCUCAGCGUCUGCCUCUGCAGUUGUGGCCAGUGUUGGAGGUGGUGUUGGAGCUGCUGUGGGGUGGCUGGCUGGCAAAACCCGCAAACAAAAAGAGGAAAAUAAAAAUGGUAACAUGGGUGAAUAAGAAAAAGAAAAAAACAAAAAUAGGGUAAAUUUGUCUCAUAAAUUAUGAUGACACUAUUUGUUUUGCCAGCUUCCUAAUAAGCACAAAGAUGUCUCAGUAUAUAAAUGGUAUGUUUUUACAUUUUUAAUUUACUGGUUAUAUAUAGGGAUAAACUAACAUCAUAUCACUGUUUAAUUGGUGCUGAAUAAAUAAUAGCCCACAUUUAACUAAGUACUUUCUGUUGCAUUAACUUAUCUGCUUUCUCUCUACACAAUGGAUUGGUUGGAUGUUUACUGGCCUUGUGAAUUACCUUCAACAAGAAGUGAGCCAAAAAAUCCUAAAUGUAAAACACCCAGUUUUUAUCUAUUUUUACUAAUAUUUUCUGCAGCGAACACAUAAUCGUACUUUUGUAGACCUCUGUCGAUGACUGCAUAACAACGGAAAGCGUUUGUUCUUUCAGAUAAAGGUCUUAACAGAAUCGGAUGUGAUCAAUUGCUUUUCUUUUAAAAAUUUUUCAUUUAUUAAAUCUUAUUUCAUCCUUAUUGAGUUUUUUAGUUUCUUACCAGCUUUCCUGAAACUUUCAUGGAUCUUACAAAUUAUUUUCCCAGAAACUAGAAGGUACUUUAGUUGUUAGAGGAACUUAGAUGGUAAAUUUUGGACAUUACCAGGCAAUUUCCUGGAGAUAUCUUCAAACUUACUAGCUACUUUUCCUAUAACUUGCAUUGAACUAACCAAUUAUGUCCCUGGAACUUAACUGGUGCUUUCCUGGAACCUUUAUAGAAUUUACCUACCUUGUAAAUUCUAAAUUUCCUGAACUUUCUGAGUAUGUUCAGGAUUUGGACUGUAUUAUGGGAAUACAUAGAAUCUAAUAAAUUGCAUGAAAGUUUUAAGAUAGUUCCUAGUAAGUAAAAGAUAUGUUUCUUUCAGUUGUAUUAGAUCAUUCUUAUGUUAAAUCCUGAAUCUACUCAUUGAGACAUGAUUAUGGUGUAUUAUACAGGAUACAACAGGAUUUGUAAAUUUGCUGGAGAUGAGAAAAUAUGUUCCUUUCCAUUCUAGGGAUUGUCUUGCACCGUUACAUUUACAUUACAAAUCUUUGAUACCAUCCAGCCAACUGUACUUCCAGCACCAGCCACAGCUCCAGUUCCAAACCAUCCUAGUCCUGUCAUACCUGUAGUGAAACAAUGUAUUUUUCAUCACAUGUAAAACAGAAUAAAAAUCAACUGAAUUAA